AUGGAGGACUUUGUAGUGAUGGAACAUCUUAGACAUAAAUGGAAUGCCCUAAAAGCCCCAAAAAAAGAAGAAGCCUGGAUAAAACUCACCUCAGAGGUAUCUAAGGAAAGAUAUCAGCAAAAUAUGGAGAAAAAGGUUCAAAACCCACAGGAAAACAAUCAAUGGGAUACGGAACCGAGUAACAUAGAGAUAAUGAUGGCUAUAAAUAGUCAACGGGGUAAAAAAUCGGCACCAGGGGAGGACAGGGUGGAUUUUAAGAUUAUAGCAGAACUUCCACCUUUCAUGACAGAAAUAUUUUGUGAAAUUGUAAAGGAAAGUUGGAGAUAUGGUUCUAUCCCGCAAGAUUGGAAGAAAGGAAGAAUAUAUUUCCUGGAAAAGCCUGAAGCUACGAACAAUUUGGACGAAACUCAAGCGGGUUUCAGACGCAGAAGAUCCACCUUAGAUAACUUAAAUCGUACAGUUAUGGAAAUCAAACAAAAUAGUAGGGAAGGAAAAACGACCGCCACGGCAUUCAUAGAUAUUAAGGGCGCCUAUGACAACGUAGAUUUUGGAAUAUUGCUACGUAUUCUAGAAUCUCGAGGAUGUCCCAAGAAAAUGUAUGCCGAUGAUAUUGCAAUAAUAACUACAUUAAACAAAAUAGCUACGACCACCUCUAAUAUACAAAAAGGAAUAUCGCGGCUCGGCGAUUUUCUGGCAGAAAGAAAAUUGUUCAUCUCGGAGGAAAAAACCAAGGUAGUAUUUUACGGAACCAACAACAAAAUCAGCGAAGUUAAAGUAAAAAUUAAUAACCAAACUAAGGAACUUAAAGUGGACAACUCAGAAAAAUUUUUAGGUCUUCAAAUAGACAACAAACUCAAUUUUGAGAAACAUAUGGAUACAAUUAUAGGCAAAAUAAAGAAACGUAUAUGCAUAAUAAAAUAUCUGUGCCAUGGAAAUAAAGGCAUUAAACAGAGCUACGCACUCAUGUUGACUAGAGCAUUGUUAUCAUCCGUGAUGGAAUAUGCGGCACCAGUCUAUUGA